AUGCUUCGCUGCGCCAGGCUGCAAGGGCGCUGCCUGCGGCGGCCCGCGUUGCGUUGUCUAUCGACCGUCAGGGACGUCGCAGAGCGCAUCAACCACCCGCUACCAGAGCCGCUCUCUGACACGCUCCCGGACCACAACUGGCACGCCUACGAGGAACGCUACUCCGCCAUUCAUCGCACGCACAAGGAUCGCCCGUUCGUUGUCGCAGAUGUAAUAAAGCAGAGGACGCAUGAGCGGCGCUACGAGUGGGGAACCAUACUUCUCCAAACCUUCCGCACAUCUCCGACGGCCGUCGGAGCCAGUCUCCGCAACAUGCUCUACACGUCAGCGAUCGUCACGCCGUACUGUGCCGUCCAGUGGCGCGAUUCUCUGGGCGCACUGGACUUGCCGCCCGCCGUGCUGGAUUGUCUGAGCCACCCGAACCUCGAGAUGGCGGUGCAAUUUCUUGACACUCAUCAGGGAUCGCUCAUCGCUGCGUUUGGCGUCUACUCGACGGCGCUCUUCCUACUCUUGUCGAUGCGCCUCACCUCGGCAGUACGCUACUACAACGAUGGAGUGCUGGCGUUUUCAGACUUGUGUGCGCAGAGUAGCAACUUGUCUGCCCAGUCACAGCUAUACUUCACCGACAAGCGCGCGUGCACCGAGGUUUGCCUGUGGGCCUACGCCGCCUGUCGCGCGACCGAGGCCGAGAUGCACAAGAUCACAGGAGAAGAAGCGAGGGCCAUGUACGAGCACCUGCUCUUGCGUCAUGAUGAGGCGGAGGCGGCGGCCGCGGAGGAGGCCGACGACGAGCUCGCCGAGCGCGAGGCAUCGCUCGCGUACUUGCUCGGCGCGGCCGAGCAGAAGUGGCGCGUCGAGAUGCUGGUUAACGCGCAAAACGCGCCGGUCUUCGCGUUACAACAGCUCACAGCUAUGCUUCGCGUGGCCUUCGACCGCGGCCUCAUCACGAACAUCCGAGCGUUGAUCGCUACGCACUCGUCCGUCGAGAAGAUGGUACUCGCACACGCGGCGUGCCAGCGCGUUCAGCUCACCCCCGAGCCGUACUCUUAUACGGCUCUGAUGAAGACGUCGUCCGUGCUCUGGGCGGCGGGCGUGCCGCUCGUCCUCAUGCCCACUUUGCAGCUCGCUACGAUACCUAUGGGUGCCAUGCUCUCGUUCUUUGUGGCCAAGCUCGACGAGAUUAGUGCUGAGUUACAAAAUCCCUACGGUUAUGACAUCUCCGACGUCGGUAUGGGAUCUAUCAACCGCCGACUCCAGCGCGAGUUCGCGCAGUCCAUGCUUCUGUACAACCAGUAUGAUACGCCUGUCGACGGGCGCGGCAACGCUAUGGACGGCGCCAUCGACGCGGGCGAAGCGAUCAAGCUAGGCCUCCCCGGCGUCGGCGAUUGGAAGGACAACGAGAAGCUCUGGAAGGCCGCGCGGCUCGGCGGCGGCGAGAACGUGCACGCUUGGCCGAGCAGCCCGUAG